CGGGUGCUUAGAGUCAAUGUACUCGCUCCCUAGAAGGGGAUGUCGGCAUACUUCAUUAUGCAUCAAAUAGAAACUAUACGAAUUUAAUUGUAAGGGUCAAAACUAUUGUAUCUUUCUGAAAGAGAAACAGCAACACAACAACAAAAAGUACUGAGCAGUGUGAGCAUUUGCAAUGGAGUCGGGUAGUUUGAUAUUGUCUGCAGUUCAUUACAUGUUACUGCAUGCCAUGUAGAUACAAAUCCGGUAUAUCAAUGACAUUCAGUCCCUUACAACAUGGAACAGUUACCCCUAAGACGAGUUCAGAAAAACUGCAGCAAAUUCGUCGGGAACAAAAAAGUAUUGGUGAACAAUGUAGGUCUACAGAGCUGACCAAAGAAGGCUCGUGUACUUCACUGCAGUGACUCCCACCUGAACGCUGCCAGCUCUCUCUGCACGCCGGCACCAGCAGCGCAUGGCAUUGUGAGUGCUCCAUGUUCCAUGCCCAGGCUUGCAGGUUGAAGCUCUCGCCCCGAUUUCCUGUCACAUGAGUGUUACACGGCGAAUGGAGAAGAUUACAGAGGCAAGCAGAACCAGACCUGUCUUCACGGAGGGAAGCCCUGCCUGUACUGGAAUGAGACCUUCCAACAUCCCUACAACACAAUGAAAUACCCCAACGGAGAGGGUGGGCUUGGGAAACACAACUACUGCAGAAACCCAGACGGAGACGUCAGGCCCUGGUGUUACAUCGCCGAUCACGAGGACAGUGUUUACUGGAAGUACUGUGACAUUCCCACAUGCCAGAUGCCAGGAAACCUGGGCUGCUUCAAGGACAGUGGGGACCCUCCUGCACUGACAGGCAGCAGCGAGACUUCAAACAAACUCACCAUUCAGAACUGCAUCAGUUUCUGCAGAAGCAAAAGAUACAAGCUUGCAGGGAUGGAGUCCGGCUAUGCCUGUUUCUGUGGGAACAAUCCAGACUACCAGCGACAAGGGGAGGCUGCCAGCACGGAAUGCAAUCACGUGUGCUUCGGGGAUCAUACCCAGCCCUGCGGAGGAGAUGGGAGAGUCAUCAUCUUCGACACACUGGUAGGAGCUUGUGGAGGAAACUAUACCAGCCAGACAGGAGUGAUUUACUCCCCAGAUUUCCCGGAUAACUACGGGAGCAGUCGGGUGUGCUACUGGACCAUCCAGGUUCCGGGUUCAUCGCUGAUCCUCUUCAACUUCACGUUCUUUGAUGUCAGGGACCCCUCGGACAUGGUGGAGCUGCUGGAUGGGUACACCAAUCAAGUGGAGGCUCGGUUCGACGGCAGCAACCCCCCCCAGCGCGCCGUCAACGUUUCAUCCGACUUCGUCAUCUUGUACUUUUACUCUGAUCGGAUCAACCAUGCCCAGGGAUUUGCAAUGUUAUACCAAGCUAUGAAGGCUCAGGCACCGAACGUGAUUGAGGAGAAGAUCAAUCACACUGAACCCGAGUCGGAAGUGAUAACCGAGGGCUCCAAUCUGAGUUUGAAUUCUGGAAGAUCCUCACAGAUCUUUUAUGUCAUUACUUCCAGCCCCAGCAAACAGGAUCACCCCAUGCCAGUGUGGACUAUCUAUGCCUUGGCUACACUUCUAAUCCUGACUGUCAUAGCGAUGGUUGCAAAGAUGCUUCUACAUGUAACUGUUAAAUCACCACCAAUCACCAGCUCUGAAGACUGCAACCAAAAUACAUCAUCCGAACCCUGGAUCAUCUUUUACAGGCCCUCCACCAUCUCCUUCUUCAAGAAAAAGCUAAAGAACCAUCAUGGAGAUCUUAGUCCCCUCGUUGGCAACUAAGCGCUGGAGAAACCUGGAGAAAUGCUCUCCACAAGGAAAGAGACAGCACAGGCCCACCAUGUUAAGACUUUUGAGAGAAUCAAGGACAGAUCUACCAGACUGGUAGCCAUCAGCAUCAACCGUACACCCAAUUAACUGAAUGACUGAACAAUCUUUGGUCCAAAAAACAUGUGGGAAUCGGUGCUCAACAGUGUUUUCUGGAACACAGGCAGUUGUUACAGUGGUGGCAUCACUGCUAGACUUCAUGCUUCCUUUAUUACAGUUGCCUUUGAACUUCUGUGCCUUAAACUUUUGAGGGACAUGCAUGGUUUCCCAGGGUCAAACGGAGCACUUACCCAAUACACCAGAGGCCGAUGGGUUUGAACAGAGCAGUUAAGAGAGCAAUCUUCCCAUAGCGACAGAACUUCUCACAGUGCAUCGUACAGCCGAUCGCACACAGCACUCCAGGAAACAAGAAAACAGAAAGAGCUGGGAUCCAUUAAAACAGCAUACUUAACAACAGCAAGUCGGGAUCAGAGGACAACACAAAGGUCAUUGCCAUUGUUGUUACCCAAAAAUCCAAAUGUUUGGUUUGUUCUUAUUUGUUAUAGGGCCAGUAGUUUAGCAGCAGCAAAUGCCUAUUAUCUCAGCUGGGCACAGACUGUAGUGCCAAAUGGAUACAAUUAGAGAAUUCUCAACAAAUAACAAGGUUUUCCCCUCUUUGAAACUACAGACAAUGUAUGUGACCAUGGUGGGGGGAGGAGGGGGUCUUUAUUUAAGCGACUGACGUUUAGAACAACCUUAGAUCUUAUCUAGACACAUUCCAUUCUUUCUUUGUAACUGCUGGGAAGUGUAAGCAUUUUGCUUAAACUCCUUCAAGUGCCUUGAGGAUAAUAAUAAAACAGACAGUACCAGAGAGGAAACAGCUUCAACUAUAAUACACAGUGGGGUUUUAGGGAGCUGCCCUUUAAUUUGUGUCUCAAAAGCCAAGGACUGCAAAACUUGGUCAUCACGUCAGUCAAAAAUCAAAUGCAGUUGAUCUGCAAAAUGCAUUUCAAUUAAGAAAAAGACUCUAGUGGAUGUAAGAAAAAUACAAUUACGUAGUGCAUCUAUAGCAUGAUUCGCACGGGACUCAAAACGAGGUGUCCUCAGAGUUGGUCAGAGGCAAAGUACAUCUCGUAACCUCCAAGACGUGGACUAGUAUUCUUCAAGGAAAGUCUGUAAAUUCAAAAUGAAAUGCGAUGCUGUGGCCAGAGAGGACGCUUUUGUGCAUGAUUUGUAAAUAGUGAACCAGAUGUAAAUAACUUCUGCAAGAUGGAGGAAGAACAAAUCGUACCACAGAGUGACUUUUUAUUUCGCUGUACCUUCUUUUCCAAAGGUCAUCAGCGCCCUGACGAUGUCAAAUAACCACGUCAUCCGUUGACUGAUAUGCAUUUCCAUGUAUACCUUCAAAUGCUUCAUUAUUGUAAAGGCUGGUAUUGCUUUGAGGCGAAUACCCCAGAAAUGCUGAUAUCAAUUAUAACAUGCCACCGAUGCUGUCGAUUGGCAUGGGACUACAACGACAGGACCUCUGAGAAAAUUAUCGGGGAUAAAAAGAAACGGACGAUUGGCACGGGACUACAUUUCACAGAGGUCUGAAUUCCAAGGCACCUUCUUUAUAAACUCAUUUUUAGUUACAUGUGGGUCAGGCUUGUGUAGUACCUCUUACAUCCACUAGAGUGUCACAGGGGGUUAAAGGUCACACUCCAGGCGUUCUUGGAGGUUAGACUUGAUUCCGAGAGGUAUGUUGAGACUACAGGGGAUGUGAUGACUGAAAAUUAUACAAACAGUGAAUCUAAACAAGGCGAACACUGUAGUUAAAACCACUCUGAUAGUUUAUUCACACACAGUAACAUGUUUCUCUUUUACAGCACUUAUACUGUGUCUGCACUGUGACAUCACAAGGACUGCAUUUUAAACACAGUCCAAUAGUCUGCAGUUUUAUUUUGCAAUACAAAAUUGUUGAUAUAUAUAUAUAUAUUUUUUGUAAAUAGCUGGAGAAAGUCAACAAGGUGCUGAAUUGCAUUGACAAACAAAACAGGACAGUAUAAUAUGUCAUUGUUCCCAAGGGUAAUAUUACUGCCCUGGAAAGGGUAAAACAACAAGGAAAGUCCAACAGGAUCUCAUUUAGGAUGAACGAUUUCUUAUUCCUGGUAGAAACCAUGUAUAUCUCACUGAUACCAUCAAUAAUGAGAUCCAGCCACAAGCUAUGAAAAGAGGAGAAUUUCAGACUCAGAUCACCUCUGUAAAAGCUCACAAACCCAUGCUAAGCUUUAAAGGCUGAUAAAACCUGAAGUAAUCAAGACCUGUUUUCAAGCAAAGAAACACCAAUGGGUCCUAUUUUCAAGAAACUGUACAUUUUCGGAAAGAAACUAUAAUAAUUUGAAAGGUAUAAAGCAAGCAAGAACAGUAAGUGAACUGCUCCUCCUCGUGGUGUCGUGCUAGUUUUAUAUUCACACUGUCUGGUGCACUGCUAGUUCAUUGCAGUCACUGGUGUGAAGGUAAACGCCACAGUAUUUCCCGGGAGAAAUACCCAACAUGACAGGACAGGAAUGCACAUACUUUGGAAAAUGCUUCUUGGGUUUUGUAUAACCAGCUUUUGAGAGUCACAUCAAACAGCUUGUAGAGCGGGUGCAACAGAGGGCAUUACUAGUUCAAUGAACCCUCAAACGGAGGGUAAAAGAAGACGUGCAUGUGACCCUGUGCUCACCAUGCAUGUGAAUUUCCAACAGCUAUUGCAGCAAUAAAAGAAAGAUUUACUACAGAGGGAUUCUCAACAGGACACACUUUCAAGGAUAUUCAGAUUUUUGAAAUAUGCAACCGCUUCCAUGAGCAUGUAGUGCCGGAUUAGUCUGCUGACUUCUUGAAACCAUUUGUAUGUGCUGUAAAUACAAAGAGCAGAGCAUUCCCCAAAUCCUGGGGCUUAAUCACUUUAGAUAGAGAACACUUUCUGACUAGCUUCAUCAUCUGUAGAGGACUUCUAUAAACACCAUAGGUAUUGUCUUUUCAGUUUGAUGUAGCCAGUUAUCGUUUUCAUUCAAAUCUCUUUGGACAUUAAAUUGAGCAUCAUUCCAAGUCAGUAACAGCACGUUCCUCCAUAAAUGAACGUUUUAAAAACAAAAAGGCUCAGUGACCAGAGUGAAAACAUUCUCCCCACAGCAUGGUGACUGUGGAAACCUUGCCCCCAUUGUGGUACUUAUACUGAUUCUGUACAUAUAAAACAUGAAUAUAGCAAUACAAAUGCACUUACUAGUCACUUCUAUCUAUUAGCACUGUCCAGAAGUCCAGCACAGUGCUUGCAUGUCAAAUUAGACCCUGUCUUUUGAAGAGUGUGUUUUUAAAAUACAGGUUUGGCACAAUGAAACAUAAGAGGGAGCAGAUUGUUAUUUUUAAAUAGAGUGAUUUCAAACUUCUUUUUGCUUACUGCACGGAUCCAUACACUGCUGUCCUUGUGACCUCACUACACCUGUCCAUUCUGUCUGUGAUGUCAUACUGUCUUCUUCAGUGAGUCGAGCAAUGUUGCUGUACAGCAAACGUAUCACUGUGUGGAGGCAUGUGGUUGCAUUUUAACUGUUUGUCAGCCAGUUCUUCAUGUGGACUGUUAUGUAUGCAUAGAAAGCAGUGUGGUCCUGAUUAGGUCACGGAGUUUGGCUUGCACACCGACUACAAUCCAAGCCCUCCUCAGUUCAGAUAGGAUUACACUUCAACAUGAGGCCCCCUGUGCUUUUGAUCCUGGUUAAACAGCAGUCAUGCUCUUUCAUACCGAUUGCAGGUGUGAUUAGAUGUACAGAUUUUGCGAGCAACAAAUGUAGAAAUUUGAGUUCAUAAAGCUUGUAUUAUUUUAUUUUUUUUUGACCGAAUUGUAUAUAUAGAAUUAGUGAGAAUUUUAAUUUAUACAGUAAAUUAUUCAGUUAUUUUGGAUGUGAAUGGGACAUUAUAUACGAGUUAAGUUAAAAUGUAGAUUUAUUUAAUGUGACUGUAAAAUAAAUAUGCAUGUUUUAUAAGGAUUGCAUUUUUCUAUGUGUUUUGCCUAUUUUAUUAAAACCCUCCUGGUUCA